ACUUAUCGACACCAAAAACUGCCUAUGCAGCUCUUAACAGUAUUUCUGUUCUGAAUACUAUUGGAAUAUCUACUGGUUCUCUCGAACCCGAAAGAGUAUCGUUUGCUUAUGAAAAUAAUUGUUUAGUGGCAAAAGCAAAUUAUAUAUCUUAGUUGUUAUCUACACCGUCUUGUUCGUCGUAGUAGUGGCACUCCAUUGAAUCUUAAUCGUAUAUGCGAUGAUAUCUGUACGUUAGUGUUCACAGAACUGAAAUACUGGACUAAUUUACCUGCUCUAAAGCAAGAAUUACGACUAAAGCUACUUUCUAUAGUGAAUAUUAAAAAAGCAAGUGUAGGACAGAGCCAGAGCCCUGCAGGUUGAUCCUAACCUAACCUAACCUAUAGGAUUAGGUUGCAAAAGCUAUAGAUUAGGUUGCAAAAGUUAUAGGCUAGGUUAGGUUAUAGGUUGUUCUAUUUUUUUUUUCAAUGGUUAGGUUAGGAUUAGGUUGUGAAAUUUUUUAUAGGUUAGGUGAUAGGUUGCCAAAUAUUGGCAAUAUUGGCAACCUGCAGGGCUCUGGACAGAACAGCGUUGCAGCCCUAAAUGCUCUUCGUCAACACAACGAUUUUACAUUUUUUCUUCUGGUAAAUCGAGCUUCUGGCGGUAUGGAGGCUUAUGAUGAGGAUAUAAAUGACAUUCUUGGAUCCUAUCGCACCGCUCGAGGAGCGGCGUAUACAUAUACCGAGCAAUCUCUUUCUGAUUCUGUUCGUCGAAAUGAGAAGUGGCGUGAGGAGAACGAAAAAAUUAAACGUGAACUUUUACAUUUGAAAGAUGAGCAUAAUAUCAGUGACAAAGGACUUGAUGCGAUAGAUAAAUUUUUCAAGAAACAUAAGAAGUUUUUUUCAAUUCAUUACGUUCGUAAAACGAGAAAGGAGGUUAAUCAAAAAUUUCCUAUAUUUAAUGUAAUCGACGGGGCUUAUGUGCAGUUUGAGUAUGCGAUAAAAACUGCUGUAUUUAUAGCUCAACGCAAAAAUCCAAAUCUUCAUCAGUUACCUCAGAUAACAUUUCGACUUAAUAUGGACGGGACGCUUAUAGGUAACAAACAUAUAGUAGCUAUUUCAGUCAAUUGUGUUGAGGGUGGUCGCGAUUGUCAGUCUCUUAAAAAUCUGCUAAUAAAACUACAUGGAAGAUUUUCGGGACAUUUACAAGAUUUGUUUUUUCAAAAUUUUCCAUACGAAGAACUGUUAGAUGGAAAUGCUAUAGUUCAUAUUGAUCCUUUAAAACGAAAAAAGAAUCUCAAAACAGCGUGUGUCGAAUUUCUUGAAACGUUUACUAGUGCUUGCUUGCGAAAUAAUGUAACACCUUACCUGCACAUAAUCGGAAAUCAUUUGUUUGAAUUUGAUGAGAGAGAAGAUUUAGGAGCGUUCAAUAUACAAGGAAUGGAGAAAGGGAAUGACUUUUUGUCUCGCCUCUAUUUUUCUUCAACAAACGCUGCAAAAAAGCCUUUAUACACUAUGAUGCAAAAGUUGUAUCGUCCGCUAGAGAUGGGAUUAACUCCUGAUGACCGUGAGGAAAUAUUUAAAUUUAUGAGCACACAAGUGUACGAUUAUGAAGAUGAUGAUUUUAUUGUAGUAGCAGAUGCGAAUGGACAAGCUAGUGUCAAUUUGCCGCAUGUAGAAAAUGAUUAUGAAGUGAUAACUUCCGGGAGUAAUGAUUCAAGCUCGGAUACUGACGAUGAAAAUCACAGUGAUGAUGGCACAGAAUCUGCGUGGUUUCAUUUGGGCAAUAGAAAAAUCUUGACUGCAAACCGCUUUGGGUCGUUUAAGAGAAGCAAAAAGUCAUAG